UCUCCGAGGCACUGAGGCGCACAGCUGCAACCGUCUCCACAGUCGUGUCUGGCUUGGGGGAGGUGGCCAGAGAAGCGGGGACCUGUGCCACUAGGGCACCACGGGAAUUCCCAGGAACCAGCUGAGGCUGACUCGCUUUUCGCAGAGCCCCUGGGAUGUGCCUUAUGGUCCUACUGGGGAGGCGGUGGCCAGCGACAAGGGACUCUGUGUUUGCCUUGGGUACUAAGUGCCUCUUGUUGCAAAGAACUUAUCUUGAUGGGGGCAGAUGCUCUCAUAGCCUGGUCCCUUCUCUGUCCCCCUUGUCCUCUCACAGGUGUCUUCGAGGGGCAGGCAGCCCUGAGGACUCUUAACUGCCUGCACGGUACGAGCUGUCCCGGUCCGCAGCUGGGAGGGAAAAAGAAAGGAGGACGCCUCACCCAUCAGGUGGCCGGUACUAAGGUGCAGUGCUUGGUGGGGCCUUCGGAGCACACCACGUCGUAACCUGGCCCGAGUUCCCCAGCUGCUUCCCCAGCUACUCACCUGUUCCCAGAGGGUCGCAGAAAGAGAGAAGGGAGAGGGAGGGGGAGAGACCCCCAGUAAGUCCCCGUGCAGGACCGAAAUGUCUCGGUCCAUGGGCACAGUUUGGAAAGACAAUUUUCCAGACUCGUGGCGAGGGGAAGACAAAGGACAGGUUGCCGGCAGAGACGCGCUUGGUGCAGAGGGACGACCUCCUGAUCUUCGGGGGGACCUGACCGCAGGGGCGUUGGUGGGCCUGUUGACCGUGUCGCAGUCACUCGGCAAGUCUUCGCUGGCCAGCAGGAGGACUCUACAUGCUGCACACAGACAGGCCUCUGCUUCCCUCUCCCUUCGGGUUUCCACACUCGCGACCCCGGACACAGCCCUGCCGCCUGCCCCCAGUCAGGCACCACUGAGUGCAUGUCCAGGCCCCGCCUGCCUCGCCCUGUGUCUGUUACCUAAUCCCCUCAGGUGACCCGCCCGGGAGUAGGUGCCCACAGCCCCAGGCUCCCUUUGUUCCCAGUCAGCAUCUCCUUGGAAAGCAGUGGCUGCAGCUAGAGGCUCAGGCCUGGCUUCUCUGGGGUCCUCCUUUUGUCCGUUCUUCUUGACAGAUGUCCCUGAGUAGGGACACAAACCCGGCAGAAGGCCAGGUCACCCUGAAGGAAGCCCUCUGGCUGCUUGGGUUCUGGGCAGUGCUGGCCUCAGUCCAGUGCUCUCAAGGCCGCCCCUCGUGGCGUUACAUCUCCUCAGAGGUGGUGAUUCCCAGGAAGGAGUUACACCAUGGCAAGGGCGUUCAGAUGCCAGGCUGGCUCUCCUACAGCCUGCAUUUUGGGGGCCAGAGGCAUAUUAUCCACAUGCGGCCCAAGAAAAUCUUUUGGCCUGGACACCUGCUCGUGAUGACUCAGGAUGACCAAGGAGCCUUGCAGAUGGACUACCCCUUCAUCCCUUCCGACUGUUACCACCUCGGCUACUUGGAGGAGAUUCCUUUCUCCAGGGUCACGGUGGACACAUGCUAUGGGGGUCUCCGAGGCUUUAUGAAGUUAGAUGACUUAACCUACGAAAUCAACCCCAUGAGGGAGUCUCAAAGGUUUGAACACGUCGUUUCUCAGAUAGUAGCAGAUGCCAAUGCAGUGGGACCUAUGUAUACACUGGGCUCCAAAGAGGAAGAAGACGCCCUGUUCUCUCUAGAAGAUGCCAGUGCAGCCCCCAGGAUCGCUAACACCUUCAGUAACUGUUCCUUUGUACACAUCCAACAUAAACUUGUCAAUGACCUGGGCCUUCAUGGGGAGCCCCUGUGA